UCCGUGGGAUCGGCUCCAGUCCUUCUGCUCUGAAACAAACCAGACUGGCAAGAAAAUGUCAUUUCUAGAAUACCCUACAGCUAGGAGAGACGAGACAUGUGAGGAGGAGUUACAUGAACAACGGGUGGGCGACCCCUACCGGUGGAUGGAGGACGCCGACGCGCCCGAGACCAAGGCGUUCGUCGAGGCGCAGAACCGGCUGACCAUGCCGUACAUACAGUCAUGCCCGCACCGCGACCGGCUGCGCGACACGCUCAAGACCAUGAUGGACUUCCCCAAGAUCGGGUGCCCGUUCAAGCGCGGCGAGCGCUACUUUUACUUCUACAACACCGGGCUGCAGAACCAGAGCGUGCUGCACGUGCAGGACGCGCUGGACGCCGAGGCGCGCGUGUUCGUCGACCCGAACCUGUUCUCGGAGGACGGCACCGUGGCGCUGACGAGCAGCGCCUUCAGCGAGGACGGCGCCACCUUCGCCUACGGCCUGAGCACCAGCGGCUCCGACUGGAACAAGAUCCACUUCCGCUGUGUCGAGACGGGAAAAGAUUAUCCAGAGGUGUUGGAGAAGGUGAAGUUCUCCUCGAUCGCUUGGACCCAUGACAACAAAGGAAUAUUCUAUGGGCGCUUCAACCAGGAGGGCACCACGGACGGCUCUGAGACCACGUCCAACCUGAACCAGAAGCUCUACUACCACCGUCUCGGCACGGACCAGGCCGAGGACGUGCUCUGCGUCGAGUUCGCCGACCACCCCAAGUGGAGGAUCGGCGCGGAGGUGAGCGACUGCGGCCGCUACCUGAUGCUGCUGCUGUCGGAGGGCUGCAAGGACAACAUGGUCUACUACGUGGACCUGGAGGGCCUGCCGGACGGGCCGCGCGGCUCCUUCUCGCCCGUCUGCAUCGUGGACAAGUUCGAGGCCGAUUACGAGUACGUCACCAACACGGACUCGGUGUGCGUGUUCCGCACCAACAAGGACGCGCCCAACUACCACCUGGCGACGCUGGACCUGGCGCAGCCGGCGCGUGGCUGGAGCGUGCUGCUGGCCGAGCACGCUCAGGAUGUGCUCGACUGGGCCGCCUGCGUCAACAACGACCGCCUGGUGGUCUGCUACAUGCACGACGUCAAGAACAUUCUGCAGCUACACAGCCUGGACACCGGGGAGAAGAUCUCUACUUUCCCGCUGGAGGUGGGCUCGGUGGUCGGCUACUCGGGCAAGAAAAAGGACACGGCCAUCUUCUACAAGUUCACGUCAUUCCUGUCGCCGGGCAUUAUCUAUCGCUGUGAACUGAGCCAGCCCACCGUGAAGCCAGAGAUUUUCAAGGAGAUAUCCGUCGCUGGCUUCAACCCGUCCUUGUUUGAGUGCUAUCAGGUGUUCUACUCGAGCAAGGACGGUACGAAAAUACCGAUGUUCAUCAUGCAUAAGAAGGGUCUGGUGCGGGACGGCUCGGCGCCGUGCCUGCUGUACGCUUACGGCGGCUUCAACAUCAGCAUCACGCCCACCUUCAGCGUGUCCAAGCUGGUGUUCGUGCAGCACCUGGACGGCGUGUUCGCGCUGCCAAACAUCCGCGGCGGCGGCGAGUACGGCGAGCGGUGGCACAACGCCGGCCGGCUCUUCAACAAGCAGAACUGCUUCGACGACUUCGCGUGCGCGGCCGAGUACCUGAUCGCCGAGCGGUACACGCAGGCGCGCCUCAUCAGCUGCGAGGGCGGCUCGAACGGGGGCCUGCUGGUCGGCGCCACCGUCAACCAGCGGCCGGACCUGUUCGGCGCGGCCAUCGCCCACGUCGGCGUGAUGGACAUGCUGCGCUUCCACAAGUUCACCAUCGGCUACGCCUGGGUGUCCGACUUCGGCAACCCUGACGAGAAGGAGCACUUCGAGAACAUCAUCAAGUACUCGCCGCUGCACAACAUCCGACCGCCGAAGGGCGACGACGAACAGUACCCCUCCACGCUGCUGCUGACGGCCGACCACGACGACCGCGUGGUGCCACUGCAUUCGCUCAAGUACAUAGCCGAGCUGCAGCACGUGCUGAGCGGCCGCGCCGCGCAGACCAACCCGCUGCUCAUCAGGGUGGACACCAAGGCUGGCCACGGCGUCGGCAAGCCCACUGCCAAGCAGAUCGAUGAAUCAACUGACAUCUACUGCUUCAUUAUACAAGCACUCGGACUCAAGAUACAGUGACUACCUCCGAACAGAGCGUAUGGUACAACAUCCUAGCAUCCGAUUACCGUCUAGUAAAACUCGCCAGUACUGAGUUUCGCGCCAUGUCCCGUUCCCAGUUCGCCGUUUGUUUGUUUCUGUGCCGCUUGUGCGUGCGCAUAUUUGUUGCUAAUGUGUACUCCCGUGUGCCAGCCAACCUUGCUGUUGUUCUGUGCGAAAAGCAUUGCUCAAUGUCCGCGGCACUUGGUGUACCGGCGAGGCGCGAGCUGCAGCUCGAGACUGAACAAAGUAAACUACGGCGUAUUUUUUCACAAUACCUCGAGCAGUUUUUACUCACGUGUCUCACGUUGGGUACGUUAACACAAAGCAACUGUUUAUUUUGAUUGAUGCGUCGCCAAUAUAUCGUCCAAGUAGAUUCUAA